CCCCCCCCCCCCGCGCUUCCCGAUUAUACUUCCCAUACUUGGAGGCAGUAACUAAAUUGAGGAUCUCCCCUGCAAAGUUAAAAGUGUGCAUGAAUCUUCAGUAAGUUGUCAGUUCUGGAUAAACAGAUCUAGGUAGUAAAAAGAAAUGUGGAAGCAGAAUCCUGGGGGAAGAGAUAAGCAAACUGGACAGGAACAAAGAAUAGACAGCCAUAGUGGGAAUAGGAUCGCCACCUGUUAAUUUGUUGCCUAUAGGUGCAGUGUCACCUGCAGAACCUCCAUCUGUCUCCAUACCUGCUAGUGCCAGUUAUCUAAUGGGGAUGAGGUACAGUAAUCGUCUCAUCUGCCACUGCGUCAGCUCUCCUCUCCUCAUACAAGUAUUUAACUGUUUCUUAAAUGUAAUCAAUACAAAUCUACAUUUUUUGAGUUUUGAAUUUCAAGAAAAUAAUUAAAGGAUUUUGGGUUAUAUACCAGGCAACAACUUUUUUAAAAUAAUAAUAAUUAAUGUGUCAGUAAAGACUUAAAGGAGCAUAUGUGCUUAAAUUACAUGCUAAAUGGAGAAAUAAACAUUUGAAUGUAGCCCAUUAGUUUUAGAAGUUUUGUAUAGUUAAGAAUCCUUUUCUCAUCCCUAAUCCUUUUAUAGGUUUACAUUACAUUACACAGCAUUAUUUAACAAUAAGGAAAUUUAAUUCAAGGGGAAUCCUUUUAUUUUUGCCUUCAAAGUUCCACUUUGGGAUUGAGAUCAGUAUGUGUACCUAGAAUCAUUAAUAAAUUUCUGCAUUUGGGACAGGGUGUAGGUCAAGGAAGAUAUUUUCUAAAUAUUUGCUGAAGGAAUGCUGCCUAGUUUUAUAGGAAUGUUAAUAUAGUAGUAGUGAUGGUCUUAGCCUUAUGUAGCAAUUGCCUUUUCUUACCUGCAGGUGUGUUUUUCAGCGCAGCCUGGCUGUGGCCAUCCACUUGCAAGGGAUCCUAAUUGUGUCAGGCAUCAUGGACUUUCACCACUCCUACUUUGGAUUGACCAAUUCUGAUGAGGGCAUGCAAAUUGCGGGGGGUGAACUGGGGGAAUAAAAGCAGCGGCUUAUAACAAAAUGAGAAAACAUCCACCAAACAGAAGAGGUAUCAGCUUUGAAGUGGGAGCCCAGUUGGAAGCCCGAGACAGAUUAAAAAACUGGUAUCCAGCUCACAUUGAAGAAAUUGAUUAUGAGGAAGGAAAAGUGCUAAUCCAUUUCAAACGCUGGAAUCACCGCUAUGAUGAGUGGUUUUGUUGGGACAGUCCUUAUUUGCGUCCUUUAGAAAAAAUACAGUUAAGGAAAGAAGGAUUACAUGAUGAUGAAGGAUCUUCUGGAUUUCAUAUAAAUGAUCAAGUGUUGGCUUGCUGGUCUGAUUGUCGUUUUUAUCCAGCCAAAGUUACUUCUGUUAACAAGGAUGGUACUUACACUGUAAAAUUUUAUGAUGGUGUAAUUCAGACAGUCAAGAAUAUACACGUCAAAGCUUUUUCCAAAGAUCAGUCUAUUGUGAGUAAUUCAAGACCCAAGGAGAGAGGUAAUGAAAUCCCUUCAUCUCCUGAAAUAUGGGAAAAGUUUAAAGAACCGAGGAAAGCAACUGAGAAUAGUAAGAAAGACAAGGAUGAAAAGACGUUAAAGACUGAACGAAGGUCUAAACCUGAUAAAGAAGGGAAACUAAUAGUUCCUUCAGAAAAGAGCAAGGUGUCUGAAAAGGCUCUACCCAAGGAUGGCAAAGAAGACAAAGAGAACAUAUCUGAAAAUGACAGAGAAUUCUCAAUAGAUACCCAGAUUGAAAAGAAACCUGAAAAUGAUAAUGUGAAUAGCCCACCAGAAAACCUCAAAGAAACUAAAAGACGACGUGGUCGACCACCUGUGGUGCCUCCUGCAGAGCAAGGCUCUCAAACAUUGCAGCCAAUAACUUUAGAACUGAGAAGGCGGAAAAUACCUAAAGGAGGAGAGAUCCCUUCAAAACGUCCCCGACUCCAGAAGAACAUGUCGCAAGAAAAGUUGAAAAAUGCUCUGGACAAUGAAAAGAAUUCUAUAAAGAGACGAUCAAGACAUUCUACUAGUAGCAGUCAUGAAACUUUAGAUACUGACCCUGUUGCACCACUACUGGAUGAAGUUGGAUCUUUAAAAGAGCCAGAAUCUAGCCCAAAAGAAGUUGUAGAAGGCCCAUUAGAAGCAUGUGUUGAGUCUGACCAAAAGAUUAAUGAAGAGUUGCCUCCAUCUUCAGAAGUAUCUCAGACUUCAGUACCUCAGAUUUCAGUAGAUGACACCAGAUUAAAGGAAGAAAAUACGGCAGAGCCUUCCUCUACACCUGAAUUACAGGAGAUUUCAGGGGCGUCUGUUACAGUAGCCACUGCUUCAAAGAGAGCUGACGUUUUUACUGUUUCAAAAGCUGCAAUAGAACAUGAACCCAAGUUUAGAUGCAAAUUUUUGGAUUGUUCCAAAUCCUUUCGGAAAGCCAAACUGCUGCAUUAUCAUAUGAAGUAUUUUCAUGGUAUUGAGAAGUCGCCAGAACCACAACAGAGUCCAGCAACAAGAAGCAUUCAAACAAGAGGCUCUGUAGCUUCUGAAAAGGCUAGUCAAGAAUGUUCUAAUAGAAGACGGACGACGUCUGGUUGCUUAUCUAAUAAAGAAAAGGAGAAGAACAAAGAGAAAAAACCCAGAGAUAUUGUAAGAUCAAAAUCAAAGAAGAAGAAAAAGAAGAAAAAGAAAACAAAAUCAGAGCAUUCAGGGAGUGAAGAAAAUGUUGACUUUCCGCAAGAUCUUUCCCCUACGAGAUCUGCCAUUGCAGCAAGAUACAAUGCAGCAAAUCGGCCUUGUGCACAUUCGAGUACGCAACUGCAGGGUGCUGAUUCUGGGCAUCGUAAACACAAAUCAAAAACGAACGAGGAUGAUACCUUGAGUGAGUCAUCUGCAGAUAGUUUGCUUUGGAGCGACGAUGACUGCAGUCAGGACAUUGAUGUAACAACUAAUCCUGAUGAGGAUCUUGAAUACGAUGAUAAUGACUUUGAAAUUGUUCGGUGCAUUUGUGAAGUGGAGGAAGAAAAUGACUUUAUGAUUCAGUGUGAAGAAUGUCUCUGCUGGCAGCACGGAGUCUGUAUGGGUCUAUUAGAAGAUAAUGUACCUGAGAAAUAUACCUGCUAUAUUUGUCAAGAUCCUCCAGGUACAAAGAUUUCUGAGGUUGCAGAGUCUUCUAAUAGUAAGAGAUCCAGUUUGAAAUACUGGUAUGAGAAGGAGUGGUUGUGCAGUGGUCACAUGCAUGGCUUAACAUUUUUGGGAGAAAAUUAUUCCCACCAGAAUGCUAAGAAAAUAGUAGCUACGCACCAACUUCUUGGGGAUGUGCAAAAAGUGAUAGAAGUACUGCAUGGACUUCAACUGAAGAUGAGCAUUUUGCAAAGCAAAGAACAUCCUGACUUGAAGCUCUGGUGUCAGCCUUGGAAGCAUCUUGAAGUAGAUGAAAAAUCACACAGCAUGCGCCUCAUUCAUAUUGAUGAAAACUGUUGCAAAGAGGAGACUACAAGUUACAGAACUUUUAAUGGAACCAUUGAGAAACCUUCAACCAUUCCUUCUGUAGAGGAAUCAUAUAUCACUAGUGAACACUGUUACCAAAAACCUCGAGCCUACUAUCCUGCUAUAGAACAGAGACUUGUCGUGGAAACCAGAAAUUCAGACAUUGAUGAUGGUGUCAAUAGGAUAAGAGAGAAUGGAGAUGAUACUAUAGUAGAGAGAUUAGGAUGGGAGCUGGAUAAAGAAAUACACAAGUUUGAAACUGAAUCGAAACAUAACUACUCUAAGGUAAGAGAAAAAGUCACAUCGGAGGAAGCUAUUGAAGUAAAACUGCUGGAGAAAGACAAGGAAGGAGUUGUGAAUUCCCAGCUGCAGUGGCAACUUAACCUUUUGGCCCAUGUUGAGUCUCUGCAAGAUGAAGUUACUCAUAGGAUGGAUUUAAUUGAAAAGGAGCUGGAUGUUUUGGAGAGCUGGUUGGAUUAUACUGGAGAGCUGGAGCCGCCAGAACCACUAGCUAGACUCCCCCAACUCAAACAUUGUAUAAAACAACUCCUCACAGACUUGGGCAAAGUGCAACAAAUAGCACUUUGCUGUUCCACAUGAUACUGGAGACUUCUACGUGAUGGCUGGGGCGCAUCACACGAAUUGAUCACUCUGUGUUAAAUGGAAUAGCAUGCUUGUUGCAUGUGAUGCAGAACUGACUUCAGGGAAUUGUUUAGGGACAAGGGUCACACUUCUGAAAAGUGAUGGGGUUGCCCUUACCUUUUGUUCAUUUGGCUUUUGCUAGGCAUUCUUAACAUUAUGGAAAGGGAUUUAGUCUUGUCUUCAGAGGCUAGGAGCAGGCUGGUAAUAAGACUUUUCACUCCUUGUAUCAAGUUCUUGAAUUCAACAUUCAUGUUCUUUGCAUACAUACACUGACAAAAUUGUGCCACUGGAGAACAAAGUUCUAAGAGCCAAAAAUGAUUAGUUGACCAAGGCUGUAAAAUUACUUUCUGCAUAGUUUGUUUAAAUAACUAGUGCACCAGACAGUCAUACUUUAUUUCUAAUGGUUUAUGCAUAACCACAGUAUUUAAUCAAUAGAGAAGAUAUCAUUUUCAAGCCUAGCAAGUAUGAAUGUCUAAUUUAAUUGUAAACUGUUACAAGAGGUUUGCAGAUUAUGACCUGAAACUUGUCUACUAUUUUGAAGAGAUGUAGUAGAAGGUCACAACUUGGUUGCACUUCUUUUCUUAGUAAAUGAUUGUUUUCCGUAUUUAUCAUGUCAUUGUAGCAUGACUUAAGGUACUGGGAAACCCUUUUUUGUUGUUGUACUUCUGUACAUUCUUGAAUUUCUAAAUCUGGCCAUGCUGUGCCUCUCAUGACCUAGUGCUGAUGAGACACCCUCAUGGCAGGGGACAGGACGGUCGGUGAGAUAUAAGGUGUACUACAAAUUCAGAUUUGUCUGUGAUGGACACGGCGUAGUUUUCUACCCUACUGUUAAUAAUUGCCAUUCCGGUUAUAGAUUGAAAGUAGUCUUUUUCAAUAUUAUAAACUUUCUCAUUGUAGAGACUUGUAAAUGUGUGGUUUUGGGAAUCAGUUUAUUUUAUAUUUGUGUAAAUGGAACCUCAAGAUCUAUGCAUGAGGUACUGUCCCCAAAGCAUGGGGGCAUUAUGUUAAAACAGUAUGUUUCAGAAUCCCUUUUUGUACUUUUAUUUAGUUUCCUUAUUUGUAUUAUUUGUGAGAUCAAAGUGAAAAUGCUGCUUAUGUUGAAGCUACAUUAUACAGUACCUUUUGGAAACAUUGGUGUAUUGUAAGUAUUCGUUAUGUUUUUUAAAAAAGUUUGCCUGCAGA